GCUCACCCUCAUCGCGGGUAUUACCUAUUCUAGUAGUGCUGGUAAUGGAGAGGUGCAGCAUUACCCAUCACUGCAGCGAUUGGACACAGGCGCACACGGGAGACUCUGCUCGAAUUGCAGACAGGGACAGAAGUGCGCCCCACGCGGACGCAGUAGAAGUGCCUUAGACCACUGUAGUCCUCGCCAACCCUUGCACCAGCAGCAACAACAAGCAGCAGCCAGCAGCAGAUCCUCCUGGCGGUGGAGAUCGGACGAAGACUCUCUCUCUCUCUGUGCCUGCGCGCUCCCACUUCCACUUCCUCUUCCACCUCGCCUUGCCACGCCUCGCCACGCCAUGCCAUACCAACCCUCUUGUGCUCUCUACGCGAGUCUCGAGACUCCACAUGUGAGGUCGAGCGUGGCAACGGGCUGGUCUGGGUCGUGUAGUGGUAUCACCAUCAUAGGUCCAUAGGACACGCAACAGGAGAAGGAGAAGAAAAGAGAGAUAGAGAGAGACGGGGGAGUGCAAGCAGCAACAUGUUUUUGAGCUCGAUGUUCCUCGGCAUCCCCAACGUCGAUCCAGACCAAGAACGAGACCCGCCUGCGCCAGCGACGCCUGUCACUUUUCCAGCAACUAGGCCCCGAGCCAGCAACGCAUGGAGCGAUCCCUCAUCACCACCCAAGCUCGAGCCGCUCUUCGCGAAAAUCUCAGGCCCGUCCAGCGUAUCGGAUGACCAUCUCGGCAUUCUGAACGUGCACGCCUCGUCCGACUGCGCACCGCAAGACUUGCUUCCCCUCCGACGCGAUGGCCGCUCGUACUUCCCACCGCUCCAAAUGGAGCCAUUCCCCGAGGGGCAAGGCUCCAAACAUGCCAUGCGCACCGCAUUCGAGACGCAGUUGGCCGAGGUCCAAUUAGACAACGAUACUGCCAUUCGUGCCCUCACCAGAACGACCAAGCCCGGUGGUAUCAAACCUCGACUCUCCUACAUGCGAAAGUUCUGGGAAGGUGCCGAAAGUGUGGCAUCCUACUGGGACACUAGCGCUGACCAAUACUACGAAGCACCGCUGUCGGGAGCCAAGUCGGACGGCGACGAGAACGAUGCCAAGCGACAGCGGAUGGACAGCGAGCACGACGGGCUCGCUGUCACCACGAGCUCCCGUCCAUCGAACCGCGCGGAGUCUCCCCUGGCGGACUCGCUCUCCCGCGAAACUCCCGAAGUCGAUAUGGACGAGACGACAACAGAAGCGGCAUCGAAUCCCGGCGCACCAGAGCCCCCACCACACCAGACGACUCGCACGAGGUACAAAGGCCGCCGCACCGCCGCUGGUAAGGACAUGCCCGAUCAGUUUCGGGGAGACAUGGUGAAAGGCUUUGUCCACGGUGUCUUCCUCGCUUUCGGUGCCCAGGUAGUGCCACCUCGCAAUGCGCCACACCUGCAGAUCAAUAGACUCAAUAUCCCCAUUCGCCAGACGGCAGCGGUGUAUCGUGUUCCUCGAGAUCGCCAGCGCGCCCGAGGCGGUUUUCUCCAAGGCCCACUCCUGACCGUGCAGUGUCGGCCCGACAUCGACUUUUACGGAGACAACCUCAGCACCAAGCGACGGGAGACUAAAAGUCGCCUUGAUGCGAUGCGCGAACUGGGUGGCCUUUUGCAGCUCGGCCAGGAACGACAGCGGCAGGGCAAGACCCAAGAACAGCCGAACGAGGGUGCAUGGUGGACGACAGUCCCUCGAUGGGGUGGUGGAUCCGGGAAAGCAGUGGCAACGGACGAGAAAGCCAACAAUGGAGAGCCGGAGCAGCAUGUCUUGCAAAUGACAGAAGACGCGAUGGCAGGUGAUGCGGCACGCAAGGACUCUGCGAAACGCCACCGAGCCAACCUGAGGCUCUGGAAGAAAUUGCAGCCCAAUCGCCAGAUGACGUGGGACUCCAAGGUGGACUAUGAGCCCAUCGGUAAGGAACCGGACUCGGAUUACGACGAGCUAUUCAUGGUCUCCUCAUUGAAUCAUCACAUCUCGAUCCUCAAGAUGACAGCUCACGUCGCCUAUAUCGAGUACGUCCGCAAAGAGACGCUGCCCACACCACUGCCGGAUGACGACGACUGGUGUCGCCCGAAGCUGCAAAGGACUCGCUGGUACAACCUCCUCGAUGCAGACGAUCGGGUGGAGGCUCUGACCGCGUUGUGGGGCGUCGCGGAGUAUCUGUUCCGGUGCACUCUAAUGCCUUUCGACAGUGCCAAGACUGGCGAGGCUGCCCCAGGAGCCGCAGAAACUUCUUAGGAGAGGCGAAGUCGACAUCGGCACGGCAUCACUUUCCGAGAACAAUUGGCGAGUCUGCUGAUGGGAUGAGAGGGAGCGACGAAUGCAGGGAUCGUCAUUCGGUCCACCAGGUGCAUCAUCGCACAUAUAGAAGUUGCCUCGAGGCUGACGGGCCCUGAGCUCGCCUUUUUACGUUCCUAGAACUCUCCUGGCGCAAUACGAGGAGCGCAUGCCUGCGUAUCCUUUGAUUCUCAAAAGAAAACUCCCUCUAUAGCUUCAACGAAGAACGUGUGGGUUUUCACUAUAUCGCACCUCUCC